AUGGUAGCUACUAUGAUGCAGCAAAGUACGGCAAUGAUGCAACAACAUGAAGCAUCAAUGCAACGACAAGCGGCAGCGCUUGAACAGCAGCAGCUGGUGAUGCAGCAAAUGGAGGCUGUCAGGGCGGCUGCUGAAGAUGCUCACAGGCAGCAUAUGGAGGCCUUCCGCCAGUUGGAGGAGAACAGGGUAGUUGCCCCUACUUUUGGCCCGGAGCCACGACCUACGGCCAGGGAGUGGAGUCUGGAGGACUUUCUGAAACACCACUCAGUGAAGCUUGGAGGCAAGAUCAGUCCAGACGCAGCAGACCAGUGGCUGAAAGACCUGGAGAGGAUAUUUGAUGCCAAGAUGUGCCCAAAGGAGAGUAGACUGGCGUUCGCAGUGUACAUGCUCAAGGGUGAGGCUGAGCACUGGUGGGUCAGCAUGAAGUCUAUUAUAGAGGAGAGACAGGAGCCAGUUACUUGGGACGUCUUCAGGAGGAAGUUCCUCUCCGAGUACUUCCCUGACAACGUCAAAUACGCUAAAGAGGUAGAAUUUUUACAGUUGACCCAGGGAAGCAAGUCGGUGACUGAGUAUGCAGAAAAGUUCAAGUACCUCAGCCGUUUCUACACCAUGCCACUAGACGAAGAGUGGCGAUGCCAGAAGUUCGAGAACGGCCUCCGUGGAGACCUUCGUUUGAUGGUGACACCGCUAUCCAUCAAGGAUUUUGCCGCCUUGGUGGAGAAGGCAAGGGUCAUGUAG